UUGGUGAUUAUAAGUACUUUGGAUGGACGGAUUGCUGCACUAGACCCAGAGAACAGAGGCAGAAAACAGUGGGAUCUGGAUGUGGGAUCAGGAUCUCUUGUCUCAUCUAGCCUCAGUAAACCAGAGGUAUUUGGGAACAAGAUGAUAAUUCCUUCCUUGGAUGGAGACCUUUUUCAGUGGGAUCGUGAGAGAGAAAGCAUGGAAGCUGUCCCUUUCACUGUUGAGUCUCUGCUUGAGUCAUCCUACAGGUUUGGAGAUGACGUUGUUUUGGUUGGAGGAAAAUCCCUGACAACAUAUGGGCUGAGUUCAUGCUCAGGAAAGGUGAAGUACAUCUGUUCAGCAAUGGGCUGUCGUCGCUGGGAAGAUGAUGAGGUACAACAGGAAGACAUUCUUCUCCUGCAUCGAACUCAGAAAACAGUUCGAGCCGUUGGGCCCCGCAGUGGCAAUGAGAAGUGGAAUUUUAGUGUUGGUCAUUUUGAACUGCGCUAUAUUCCAGACGUUGAAACUCGAGUGGGAUUUAUUGAAGGCAAUAUGAAAUCAAGUCUAAACAAAGAAGAUUCUAAAAUCAUUUCAGAUGUGGAAGAGCAGGAGGCUGUAACAAAGGACACUGUGAUAAAGGUCUCGGUUGCUGACUGGAAGAUUAUGGCAUUUAGUAAGCAAGGAGGACAUCUGGAAUGGGAAUAUCAGUUUUGCACUCCAGUUGCUUCUGCCUGGCUGGUUAAAGAUGGCAAGGUAAUUCCAAUUAGUCUUUUUGACGAUACAAGUUACACCUCGAAUAAUGAUAUCUUAGAAGAUGAAGAAGAUCUUGUGGAAGCUGCCCGAGGAGCUACAGAGUCCAGUGUCUAUUUAGGAAUGUACAGAGGCCAACUAUAUCUACAGUCGUCUGUCAGAGUUUCUGAAAAGUUUCCAACCAACCCUAAGGCUUUAGAGUCUAGAAAGGAUAAUGCUGUUAUCCCAUUGCCUGUGAUCAAAUGGAAACCUUUGAUCCAUUCUCCUUCUCGGACUCCUGUGUUGGUGGGAUCUGAUGAAUUUGAUAAAUGUCUCAGCAAUGAUAAGUUUUCCCAUGAGGAGUACAGUAAUGGUGCCCUUUCAGUCCUGCAGUAUCCCUAUGAUAAUGGCUACUAUUUGCCCUACUACAAGAGGGAGAGGAACAAACGAAGCACUCAGAUUACUGUCAGGUUUUCUGACAACAUGAACUACAAAAACACCAGAAAAAAAGAUCCAGUUCUUCUUCUGCACUGGUGGAAGGAAAUUGUUAGCACCAUCAUAUUGUGCAUUGUGGCCACAACGUUUAUUGUGUACCGACUUUUCCAUCCACGUGUUCACAACCGACAGCGGAAGGAGUCUGAGACACAGUGUCAGACUGAUAACAAAUAUGAGCCUGUUGCUGGACAGACCAAAAAUAACAACUGGUCUGAUUUCAAGAAUUCAGGAUAUGUGUCAAGAUGUUUAACAGAUUUUGAGCCAAUCCAAUGUCUAGGUCAUGGAGGAUUUGGGGUAGUUUUUGAAGCUAAAAACAAAGUAGAUGACUGCAACUAUGCUAUCAAAAGAAUACGUCUACCAAAUAGAGAGUUGGCUCGUGAAAAAGUGAUGCGUGAAGUCAAAGCAUUAGCAAAACUUGAACACCCUGGUAUUGUUCGGUAUUUCAAUGCUUGGCUAGAAACACCGCCAGAGAGUUGGCAGGAACGGAUGGAUGAAUUGUGGCUAAAAGAUGAAAGUACUGGCUGGCCCCUCAGUUCUCCCAGUCCAAUGGAAGCGCCAUCAUUUAAAAUCAGAACUGACCCAUUAUCUGCCAAGGAACACAUAGCAGUUAUUACUGCAUCACCAGAAAAGAAGACUUUGCUUUCUGUUGAGAUGCCUGGUGACCAGUCGGAAUCAUCAGAGAGCCAUUUCCCCACACUAGAAUUUGCUGCCGUUGAUAACGGAGACUCGAGCCAUUCAGCAGAUCCCAUGAUAAACGUGCAAGGCAGCUUCCUCUCUGACUGUGAUAUAGAGGAUGGUCCCAUUGAUGACAAUGAGCCAGGACACUCCUUUGCACUCUGCCCUCCAGUCACACCGACAGUGAGGGUGAGGGAGAGAACUUCGUCGUCAAUUGUCUUUGAGGAUUCCGGUUGUGAUAAUCCUUCCAAUAAAGAAGGGGGCAAAACUGAUUAUUCAUUUGCUUAUAGUUCCUGUGAGGAUAAACUAAUAAGCAGAAAAGGAUCUGAUCAUAGGAUGUUUUCAUCAGAAAGCCCUCCGCCUUUUUCUGUACGAAGACCAGCAACCUUAAGCAACAUGAACAGCUCUAAAAACUCUGCACAGGGUAUCAAACCUACGUCUCCAAAAGUGUACCUUUAUAUCCAGAUGCAGCUCUGUAGAAAGGAAAACCUUAAGGACUGGAUGAACAGAAGAUGUACAAUAGAGGAGCGGGAAAGGGUAGAGUGCCUGUUGAUAUUUUUGCAGAUAGCAGAAGCUGUUCAAUUUCUGCAUAGUAAAGGAUUAAUGCACCGAGACCUCAAGCCUUCCAACAUAUUUUUCACAAUGGAUGAUGUGGUAAAAGUUGGGGAUUUUGGUUUAGUAACAGCAACAGAUCAAGAUGAGGAGGAACAACCUGUUGUAAGACCACUGCCACCGUAUGCCCAUCACACUGGGCAAGUUGGGACCAAGCUUUACAUGAGCCCAGAACAGGUUUAUGGAAAAACGUAUUCACACAAAGUGGAUAUAUUUUCUUUGGGCCUGAUCUUGUUUGAACUCCUUUACCCAUUUACCACCCAAAUGGAGAGAGUCAAGACACUGAGUGAAGUAAGGAGCUUGAUGUUUCCACCACUGUUCAUUCAGAAAUAUGCACAAGAGCAUGUAAUGGUGAAGCACAUGCUCUCCCCAAGGCCCACGGACAGACCAGAAGCUGCAGAUGUUAUAGACAGUGCUUUAUUUGAAGACUUGGAAUUGCCAGCAAAACCAGUGCUAAGACAACGAUCACGGACAAUAAGUUCUUCCGGUACUAAGCAUUCAAGAUAG